AAAGCCGAUCAUAAGCGCCAAGUCCUUUUCCCUGGACUUCAGAACGAGACCCUGGGUGCUACGCACUUGGCUGAGUUCCACCAGCUCGAGGGCAUUGUGGCUGACCAUGAUUGCACCUUGGGGCAUCUCAGGGCCGUCAUGAGGCAGUUCUUCACCAAGCCGGGUAUCACCUAGCUGUGCUUCAAGCUGUCCUACAGGCCCUGCAGGGAACCCAGCAUGUGUUUUGUGUGGUGUUCAGGGAUCCCUGAGGCCUGAAGUAGUGGGUGGAGCCCAGAGUUCCCAGUGUCUUUGGUCUCAACAUGUUGCUGUCUCUGGGGCUUCCUGACAACCUAUGCAUCAUUGCUUGGGGCCUCUUCCUGGAGCACCUAAUGAUGAUCAACUAUGGCAUCAAUAGUAUCCAGGAGCUGGUGGACCACAAGGUAAACCUACAGGUGAUGUGCGACAGUCCCCUGUGCCGCCUGAACCUCGAACCGGAUUUCCAGACUCAAAAAGUCCGUUGUUCCUGUGUCUUCAGCCUGUUGGCCUUUGGACUAGAACUAUACCAUCAGCUCUCCUGGUUCUUUAGCCUGUAUACUGCAGGUUUUGGGAUUUGUUGGCCUUCAUAAUCAUGUAAGCUAUUUUUUUAUAAUUUCUUUCUCUCUUUCUCUCUUUCUACACACAUACACAUACAUACAUGCACACACACAGA